AAGUUGAAUGGUUGAAAUAAUUUUAUUUCAUCAUUGUGGGAAGCUGCCAGAGAUCUUGAAUUAACCUUGAUUUGGAGCGUUCUCCCAUUUGUGGUCGACUGCCCUGGCUCUGUUCGACAAUGAUGACCUCGAUCCCAAGCCCUCGACACGCAGUAGUGGUGCCCUUUCCUAGUCAAGGCCAUGUCAAUCCCCUCAUGCACUUUGCCAAGCUCUUGGCCGUCAGGGGAUUCUUCGUAACUUUCAUUAGCACAGACUGGAUGGAACAGAGGAUCUUCAAAACGCUGUUUUCUGGACUUUCUGCACCUCUGCCGCCAUCGUAAUGUCAGCUCUCGCUUCAUGUCUUGCACCCACCAACUAGCCACUUCGCUGGCUCUGCCUCCCGUUGUUUUCUGGACCUUCUGCACCUCUGCCGCCAUCGUAUUCGCCAAUUGUCGGAUGCUUCUGGAGAAGGGAUACAUUCCAAUAAAUGUGAAGGAAGCCCGGCGGCCGGAAAACCUUAUCACUUGUCUUCCGGGUAUGAUUCCCCGACAAACGGACCUUCCGACUGCUUUCAGAGUUGAAGACACGGCCGAUUCAACGUUUCAAUUGAUGAUGUACGAAUCCAAGAUUCAGAACAAAGCAGAUUAUGUGCUUAUCAAUGCGUUUGAAGAGCUGGAAGACCCCGAGGCUGCAGAGGGGCUCUCCAAAGGCUACCCUGCUCUGCCCAUCGGCCCUGUCUCCCUUCCCGACUUCCUCCAAGCGACUAAAUCCUCUGUAAUAAGACAUAUUCAUCGACCUUUAAUGUUAUGUGCAAAAUUGCAUGUCGAGCCGAACCCUGAAAUACAAAAGGGUUAAAGAUUUUUCAGAGUAUUGAAAACCCAAAGGAAUUUGGACGCUUGAGGACUUUCAAGAUCCCAAAAAGGGAAUGAACAGCUCUCAACAUAAUUGAAAGUAAACUUUUAUGGAACGCCACAGUUGCAGAUGUGUACGCUAAACGUGGAAGCACACACAUGGCAUGCGAUCUGUUUGACAGAAUUCCUGAAAAGAAUAUGAUCUUUUAAAGUAUAAAAAAAGCACGUAACUCAUGUGACAAAAUGGCUCAAAGAAAUGUGGUGUAGGCCUUGCAGGUUAAAUAGACAAGGCAUGUGACUGUUUGAUAGAAUGUUUCAAAAGAAUGUGGUUGCGACCAGCUGAGAUAAGGUCUGCAAACCGUUUGACGAAAUGACUCGAAGAAAUUUUAUGUCAUCCGACGCCCAGAUUGGAUGAUCGAGGAAGAGAUUACCAGAUGGGGUUAGAUGAAGAGGAGAUAUUUUAUGUUUUGCUAUUGCUACUAAGAUGCAGUUUUUUAAAUUUAUUGCGAAGACAACUUUAAUAUCUAUCUACAGUUCUGAGAAAGGAUCUUCAAGUACUGGUUUAAUAGCUUGUGUCAUUCGUGACUCCAGCUCGCGGAAGUUUUAUCAUGAAGGAGAGACAAAGGUUUUGGCAGAUGGAGUGGUUAUUUGUAUGAAUUCGAUGAGAUGAGGAUAAAGUACAGAGUUAAUUUUCAUGGGGUAAUGGAACAAGAAACAAUAUCCAUAACAAAGGUAAGCCUUACAAUUGUUCUCUGCUGAAAACAGUUCUUUCCUGAUUUGAUCUUUUUCUCAUUUUGAAGGAUGUCCGUAUCUAUGAUCAAGAUAAGCUUAUUGCGAGUCAUGUUACAGAGAAAAUGUGAAGGCAGGGCAAAGAACUAAGGAUUCGGAUACCAUGGGUAGAGAAAACUGGCUUAAAAGAUUCAUUGAGUACUGCUGAGUAAACUGCAAGCCUAGACUAUCAAAUGUUGUUCCUAACAUGUGACAAAACAAGUUAUUUUAGGAUUAGACAACGAUUGUACCAACAGGCCAUGAAAGCUUGGAAGCUACUCCUGUACUAAUUACUGUGAAUUCCAUUGCAAAGAUGUGAUUGUCACCUCUGGAAACAGAGAAACAUGUAACAGUAUCCUUAAGCCAGUCCUGCUAACAGCAGGAUCUGCAGCACACAAUACAAGAGUAGUCAAGAAAAGCAGCAAAACCCAAAACUAAAGACAAUUGUAUUGCAGCAUACAAGAGUAAAUGCAAACUCCAGGUCUUUAUUAGCCACCUCGAGCCCUGGCUGUAAAGGAAUUUCAACAGACAGCUCUUCAUUUUUUAGUAUUACAUGUAGCCACCAUGAUUACCAUAUAACAUAGCAAAAGUUGAACUUAAAAGGUUAAAUCGAAGAUCAAGGGUGGCAAAGGCAAAUGAUGGUGGCAAUCAUGAGCCUGUUAAAGGAAAUGAUUUUGGUCUCAAGUUGGAGGAUAUAUUGCAAGGUGUCCUGAUGGAAACCCUAAAUACAUAUGGAUGCAGAAUGUUGAAAUUUUCAAAGAAGCAAAAAAUAAGCUGCCUAGAAGAUGCGGAGUUAUCUAAGUACUAUUUGUACAUGGGAAUAAUAGAGUAUAUCAACACAGGAGGAUUAUUUACAAAUCAUGUGCUAAUAGGACUUCCAAAUCAAAAUAUGAUCAGGAAGUGCAGGCAGAGACAUGCUAUGACCAAGAGAAUAAUUGGCACCUUUGGCAACCCAAACUAUAAUCCUGAAUUACUGAGCAUCUUCCAUUGAAUGAGAGAUUCGCUUACUAUACUAUUGACAAAUGUUGCCUGGUCACUAUAGUGAGGGAUGGAAUGAAUCUCAUUCCAUCUAAAUACAUUAUUUGCAGGCAGAGAAAUUCUAAAUUAGACAAAAUCUUAAUCUUCCAUAAAGAAGAGCAUGCUGGUUGUUUUAGAGUUAAUUCAAUUCCCUCCUCCUCUUAGUGUAGCCAUCAAAGUCAAUCCCUGGAAUAUUGAUUUAGUGACUGAGCCCAUGGGAAACCAUUGUUAUCCCUGAGUCUGAAAAGCAAGACACCGGAAACACUAGAGAUGUGUGACCACCCAUGAUGUGGGGUAUGGGGCACAUAGUUUCUUUUCCAAGAUUUGGAUAGAGCAUGUAGGACUACUUGAAAUUGCCAAAUUGUUUCGACAAGGAAGG